GUGUGGUCGUUGGGUCCAGAGGACCAGAGCGGGGGGCGGCCGGCAACGACGAAACGAGCCAACGCCACCACCUCCUCCUCCUCCCCCGUCGCCCUCCCGUCCAGUUCCGCGAUCCACACGACCCCGUCCGCCUCGGCCUGCGCCCGCCCGCCCGCCCGCCUCUCGCUACAAGAAUCCGCCCGCCCGCGCCGCGGUCCCAGCGAGUCCCUCCCUGCGGUGCGGAGAUCCUGCGCCCGAGGACGAGAGCGGAACCGAGCCGGCGGCGUUCGCGGGGGAGAUCGGAUAUGGAGGCCGCGGCCGUGGGUGCGGGCGGCGCGGGGCUGACCAGGUGGCAAGCGGCGGCGCUGUCGGCGGUGGGCGGGUGGGUCUGGGCGGCCUCGUUCUACGACCUCACGCGCCGGGCGCGCGCGCUGGUCCAGCCGUGGGUCACGCGCCGAGUGCACGCCGAGACGACGGCCAUCCUCAGGUUCCAGAGGUUGCAGCACAAGUUGCUGGACAAUUUCUUCUCUGUGCUAUCCUGCGUUGUCUCUGUUCCCUUCUACACGGGAUUCCUCCCUCUCCUCUUCUGGAGUGGACACGGCAAGCUGGCUAGGCAGAUGACCCUCCUCAUGGCUUUCUGUGAUUACCUCGGCAACUCUGUCAAGGAUAUAGUGUCAGCUCCUCGUCCAUGCUCUCCUCCUGUAAGAAGAGUAACAGCUACAGAAGAUGAGAAGGAAAACGCCAUGGAAUAUGGGCUGCCAUCAUCACAUGCUCUCAAUACUGUUUGUCUGAUGGGAUAUCUAUUACAUUAUGUCCUCGCAUAUGGAGAACAUGGCAGUGUUAUGGUUGCUGCGGGUUUAUCUCUAGCUGUCUUGCUUGUUAUGCUAGUUGGCAUUGCAAGGAUAUAUUUGGGUAUGCACAGCUUGACUGAUGUUAUUGCUGGGAUUGGUUUUGGCUUUGUCAUCCUUUCAUUCUGGUUGGCUGUCCAUGACCAUGUUGACGCCUUCGUUGUGUCUGGACAAAACGUUGCAUCCUUCUGGGCAGGCCUCUCUCUAUUGAUGUGCUUUGCAUACCCGAAGCCAGAAUUCCCAACUCCUAGCUUUGAAUACCAUACAGCAUUCAACGGAGUCGCUUUUGGAAUUGUCUACGGCAUCCAGCAAACCUACUUCCAUUUCCACACCCCUGACGCCCCCCUCGUCUUCAGCCCGCAAUUGCCCCUGCUCGCAUUCGCCGGGCGCGUCCUUGUCGGGAUACCGACCAUCCUGGUCAUGAAGUUCUGCAGCAAGGCACUGUCCAAAUGGCUGCUGCCCGUCAUGUGCAGCACCCUGGGCAUCCCCAUUGUAUCAUCUUGCUAUGUUCCUGCCCUGAAAGUUGACAACAGCAAGAGCAAGCCUGACGUGAAGCAAGGUGUCGGGUACCUCCAGAGGGUGUUCUCCCUCUUCCCCCAGAAGGCAUACGACGUGGACACAGGCAUCAGGUUCGUCCAGUACGCCAGCCUCGCGUGGUCCGUGGUCGACCUGGUGCCGGCCAUAUUCACCCAUCUGAAUUUGUAGCCCAGGUACUCAAUAACCUACCAGGGUGCAGUUUCGUUUUUAGUCUUUCUCGAGCUCCCAAUGGGGUGUUCCUGCUCGUAAGGCAUGGAUCAUCUUAUGAGGCUGUAAAUCCAAUGAUCUCUCCCUCGUCAUUUUGUAUUCUAUGAUUGCCUAGGUGUUUUCGCCAUGGGGUGAUGUUUCUGUAGAGGUUGAGUAGUAGUAAGCAGGAAGUAUUAAUGUGUCGCUAUCACUAUUAUUGUUCCAUGACAAGUGGCCACUAUAGUGCCACGUCUAACACUGCAGCGAAUUCUGAUUCUUGACCGCAAAGAAUGCCUUUCCUUGCCUUGCA